AUGCGGAUCUUGUCAAUUUGCUUCGCAGGACCGAGAACUAACUCGAAGGUACUCAUGUAUUUGUUCAAGUUUUUUGGGAUUGUCGUGUGGAUUUUGCUGUCUAUAGUCGAGGUGGAGUCGAAGGCUGCUGCUUUUGGAAAAAGUUCAAGUCCCGAUAGCCUGCCUCCGUUAACGGAAGCUACUCUAGAUUUCCUCAAAAAACACAAUUUGUUUGAAAAUAAAGUACUUCUCGGCUAUUUGAAGAAGGGAACGAAGAUUAAGGACCUUGAACAUAAGUUGAAAGAACCUCAACUCUACGACUACAUUAUCUACCUGAAUAAAGCGAUAGAUGCACACGAUAAGCGCGAAUCACCCUUGGGUGAUUUGGUGAAUCGGCUGGCAAUGAAAGAUUUACAUUUUAUAAGGCUGAAAAACAAAGAAAAGCGCCACCUGCAAGUUAGUGCACAGGCGAUCCGUACCCGUGGCAUUCAUUGUUUAGGCUUUAUUCGCUGCUAA